AUGACCGUUUCUGAAUAUACGAACAAGUUUAAGCACUUGGUUCGUUUUAAUACCAUGGCAACCAGUGCAGAAUGGCAGUGUAGGAAAUUUGAGAAUGGUUUGAGGAGCGAUCUAAAGGUGUUAAUCUCUAGCUUGUGUAUCCGUUCGUUUCCUGCAAUGGUUGAAAGGGCAAAGGUAUUGGAGAAGAACAUGGCUGAAGCUGAGCAGCGUAAGAAGCAACAGACUUCCAGGGGACCGAUAUUAACAAGACCAAAUACGACUCGGAAUAUUACUCCAUAUGCGCGUCCAGGACAGUCAAGUGGAUCGCAAGCAGUGGUAGUCGCUGGACAGUCGGGACAAUCAGGGGCAGUAAGAUGUUUUCAAUGUGGAGGACCCCAUUUCAAGUCAGCUUGUCCUCAAUUGGUGGGAGUAAAAUAUUGCACUCGUUGCAGAAGACAUGGCCACUUGGAGAACGAAUGCAAUAUGGGUGGACGUGUAGUGAUGAGGCCACCCAACACUGGAAGAAAUCAAACUAGAGGUGGUGGACGAGCCCAAGCUGUCGGACGUGUGUAUGCGAUCACUGGUGCAGAAGCAGCGAGCUCAGGUACGCUCGUCACUGGCAUAUGUUUGUUGUAUGGAAUGAAUUGUGGUGUAUUGUUUGACUCGGGGGCGACACACUCCUUCAUCUCGAAGGCGUGCGUCGAUAAGCUGGGAAUAACUGAGAGUGAGAUGCAGUUUGAUUUGGUGGUGUCAACACCAGCAGCUGGAGAGGUUAGGACGUCUACCAUGUGCGUUAGAUGUCCUAUUGAGGUAGAAGGGCGUAGAUAUAAGGUGAACCUGAUAUAUUGUGGAGCUAAGGAGUUGAUUUUUCCUGAGGAAUAUGAAGAAGAGUUAGGUGUGACGCUCAGUCAAGUUAAGGAAGACAUUAUGGAGGGCGCGAGUUGUUUCUUGAUCAUGACUCAUGAAGAUAGAGAGGUUGCGGAUAAGAAUUUUGGACGUUCGUCCAAUAAGUACACUAGAGGACGAACGGUUGUGGACGAAUUCCCGGACGUCUUUCCGGAUGAAGUGCCUGGGUUGCCUCCCGUUCGUGAGGUCGAGUUUACCAUUGACUUGGUGACAACCGCAGCUCCCAUAUCCGUUCAACCAUACAGAAUGGCGCCUGCCGAAUUGGUUGAGCUUAAAAAGCAAAUUGAAGAAUUGAUGGACAAAAGGUUCAUCCGUCCAAGCGUGUCACCUUGUGGAGCGCCUGUGCUGUUAGUGAAGAAGAAGGAUGGCAGCUCUCGGUUAUGCAUUGACUAUCGUCAAUUAAAUAAGCUAACCAUUAAGAAUAAAUACCCACUGCCUCGCAUUGACGAUCUACUGGACCAGUUGCAUGGAGCGAGCGUUUUCUCUAAGAUAGACUUGAGAUCAGGCUAUAACCAGAUUCGGGUCAAGGAAGGAGACAUCCAGAAGAUAGCCUUCCGUUCACGUUAUGGACAUUACGAGUACGUGGUCAUGCCGUUCGGUGUGACGAACGCUCCAGCAGUAUUCAUGGACUAUAUGAACCGCAUCUUCAGGCCGUAUUUGGACAAGUUCGUGGUGGUGUUUAUUGAUGAUAUUCUCAUCUACUCCAAGAGUUGUGAAGAGCAUGAGGAACACUUAAGGGUGGUACUUGGAGUGUUGAGAGAAAAGGAGCUGUACGCCAAGUUAUCUAAAUGUGAAUUCUGGAUGAAGGAAGUACAGUUCUUGGGUCACGUUGUAUCCGCGGGUGGAAUUUCAGUUGAUCCGGCUAAGGUAUGA